GUGUCCAUCGCAGACUUGGGUAUUGAUUGGAAAGAUCUUGCUAAACGAGCUCUACCAUUGCCGGAUCAUGAUCAAUUCGCGGUCCAACACGAUCGGGACGAUGACGGGUUUUCACGGCUAUACCUUUCUCACUCGACAACAAUGACUUCCAUCAAUUUCGAUUUCGACCUCAACCCGCUCACAGAUGACGAGGCCAAGCAAUUCCUUCAGAACAUUGUUGAAUCUCCUCCUCAAAACACCAUACCCUACUACGUCGGGUCUUUUAAAACGUCUAGAACACCACUUGCUUCGCUCUUCACAUCCGGCGCACUUUCGAUACUCGGCGACCUCCCUGGAAUCAAUACCUUGUACAUGCAUAUGGGCGAGCGUGGCUCAGGGACCGCUUUCCACUGUGAGGAUGCCCAAUUGCGCUCCUAUAACCUCAAUAUUUUUGGGUGGAAGCUCUGGAUAAUGAUCGACCCGAAUGAUACUACCAAAUUUGAAAGGAUGCUUGCGACCAAAUGGGCGCUCCACAAAUGCGACCAGUCUGUACGGCAUCUGAAUAUCAUGGUAAGUCCGAAGAGGCUACUCGAAGAAGGAAUCAAGUUCGAUAUUAUUCGCGCUGGCCCCGGCGACCUGGUUAUAACACGACCACGACAAUAUCACGCAGUUAUCAAUCAAACCCCGUCUCUUGCUAUAGCAACCAAUUUCACUUUGCCUAGUGAAGAGGCAAUUCCACGUGGAUGGAUUGUUUGUCCAGAAGACGGGUUGUACAGUCUGUCCCAUGGCAACCUCAAAAAGCUUUCCCAUGGGUCCCCCACCAAGAAACGGAAAUCAAACUCCACCCUUCUACUACACAGCAAAAGGCAGAAUUUUGGUCACAACACGAAGGAUACUAAUGCCGAUACCGAUAUCGAAUCAGGUCGUCAACUCGCAAACCUAACGAUAGACAAGGGUGCGAUCUUGCGAUUUAUGUCAAUCGUAUACGCUUGGGACAGUGCGGACGAUACAUUGAAAAGCUCGUUCGCCUCGAAAAAGCCUACGGACGGGUUGUCAACUGCUAGGCACUACGAUCAUCUACGACGAAAAGCACAAAAUCUCAGUAUUUUGUACACCGUUUUGGGCAUGUCAGCCAGUUUUCGGCUUUCCAAAGUCAUAAAAGAAAAUCAACAUCGACAUCGAAUAAGCGGAAGUUGUAUGUCAGCUGUGUUAGCAGGUCGUGGCAUCGAAGACACUCCUGCAGCGCGGAAGGCAUUCACGGCGGAAAUAUGUCAGGCUCGGAAGAUCAUGAGGAUGGUAGAAGGAUACGAUGGGCUUCUCUGCUUUUUACCCCUUGGGUUUGGUAGUGGGUUCACAUUAACAGCUUUGAAGAGGUUUUCGAACAAAGGCCUCGAGACCUUCCGUGCCACCAUUGCUCGGUAUAAAAGCCUAAUGUUGUUAAGUGAGGUGGGCAAUGAGUUUCUACUUUCUGUUUGGGGUGAAGGAGAGUUCAAGGAAAGAUUGUUCCAAAGGAGACAGCUUGGCGAACUGCAAAACCUACCCUACGAAGACCUCAUUAAGUUUCUGACACCCAUUCAGCCCGAGGAUGGUAUAUAA